UUACUUGUUCACUCAAUAUUUCAGCGGCAUUGAAUCAAGUUAAAGUUUCAGAGGGCGGCGGAUUCAAAGUUUGUUCUGGCCGUGACUCCACAACAGUCCAGUUCAUCAUGAAAAAAUGUAAAGCAAUUUUCGACACCCGUGCCUUUCGUAAAUAACCUUCCCCUAACAUUUCGCCCUUAUCGUGGCUUCCAACCUCUAAUUUCUAUGUACACAGCUGAAAAGCAGGUAAAGCUAGUAGAGGUAAGAUAAGGGAACGGCGCGCGCGCCUGCGCUAAGGGCGGGAGCGCGGCCCGGCUCAACUCAAACUGCACACGCUGGGAUAAGAAUCCGCUGUUUUUUGAGACGGUGACGGGAAAGCCUGAUCUGGAGACUCUUCUUUCUCCACACGAAGCCGUGAGGGGUGGCGACCGGCGCCAGGAAAUUCGCUGAAGUGAAGCCCUUUACACGAAGGCACCGCGGGCAGCAGCCAUGUCGGAGUGGAACAAGAAACAGCUUAAAGUCGUCCUUCUCGGCAACUCCGGGGUGGGGAAGUCUUCCUUCAUGAACCAGUUUGUUAAUCAUCGCUUCACCAGCAUGUACCGGGCUACCAUUGGCGCUGACUUCUCAACCAAGGAGAUCACGGUGGACAGCACACUUGUCAUCCUGCAGAUCUGGGACACAGCUGGUACCGAGAGGUUCCAGUCCCUGGGCAAUGCUUUAUAUCGUGGGGCCCACUGCUGCCUUCUGCUGUUUGAUGUUACCUCUGGAGCCUCCUUCUCAGCUCUGAGUGGCUGGUUACAAGAGUUCCUUCUGCAGGCAGAUCCACCCGAUCCUGCCAGCUUCCCCUUUGUUGUGGUGGGCAACAAGACUGACCUGGAAAAUCGAGAGGUGUCCUGUAGGCAAGCUAUAGAAUGGUGCCAGGAGGUGGGAGCAGAAUACUUUGAUGGUAGCGCCAAGGAUGACAUCAAUGUGGACAAACCCUUCUAUGCAGCAGCCAAGGCUGCCCUACAGCAUUACAAAAAACACACUGAGGAAACCACAGGAAGUAUCCAAAUGAUCUCCAAAGAGACAGAGGAAAGACCAAAGGACAGAUGUGCUUGCUAACACCACCUCCACUGAGUGUUGGCAAAGGAAGCAGCAUUCUGCUACGCAACAUUUCAACAGCUCAGGUUUAUGAAGUCAUGGAAAAUGGACCUAGCCGAGCAGCGGAGGAAAAAUGAGGAACCCCAAGGAAUAAUGUGAGCCUUGCUUUUUUAAAAUUAAUUGUUCAAGUGUUUUUUUCCUGUGCUGUUAUUCACAAAACUGCAGAAACAUCAGCAAGGGGUGAGUGUUCAUGCACACAGCUUAAGUGCAGGAUGACUAAAGCAAUUCCUCCAAUCUAUUUUUAUCAAUCCAAGAAUGCAUGAA